CACGCCGUUCACUAGGAUUAUUUUAUCAUCCCUCACGGGCGCUACCCGCCGCGAACAAGUAGGCACCAACUUAAACACAGAGCGUACCGUUUUACGAUAGUUGGUCAAUCGGCGGCGGCGGCGACGGCGGCUAUUUUAGUGGCCGGGAAAAUAUUACGAGUAAAUAAUAACGUGCAUAAAAAAAAAAAAAAAAAGGACGCGAUAUUGCGUGUGUGUGCGUGCGUGUUGCGUAGGUCCGUGCGUGCGUGUGUGCUCGUUUGUCGUGAGUGCGCGCUUUUCUCUCAUCCGCGGGCCCGUUCUCUAUUCAGAUUUCUUCGAUUUCCGAUUAAAUUUAGGUUAUAAAAUUUGUUGGUACCUUGUCGUCAUCGGCGUUCUUGUUGAUUUUUUUUUCUCCCCCCGAACUUCCGAGCUUUUUCUUGAUAACAGUGUUUUUGCGCGAAUUUCAAAACUUGUGUUCGGAUAGUGCUACCGUCCGUCGUUGUUUUACGCUUUUCAACCAAAAACUCGGCCGCCGGUCUCGAGAGCCGUUGUACAAAUAUGGCGCCAUUUUUCGGUACACGUUAAAAGUCCGCUCUACCGUUUUCCGCCGCCGCUUUGGGAACCUCAAAACGAAAAACGGUAGUUUUUAACAGAAUUUCGGUUUCUAUGUGAAAUUACAUUUAACAAUAAUGAGUACUGAAGUAGAUGAAGGAGUAACUACAAAAGUUGAUGAAGUGGACGGAUCUGCCGCAACUGGUAAUACAGCUGCUAAAGAAGAGCUUACCAAUGUUGAUGUGUUAGUAUGUGGCUUAUGCCAUAUAGGAUUUCAUUUUGUAGAAGAAUUUCAAGAACAUAAACUAGGAGGAACAUGUAAAAAAGUAUCUGCAUAUCGAGAUCAAAAGCAAAAGGAGGAAAAGAAAAAACCACCGAUUCUUGGAUUUUUACUAUGGAAAAACUCUCAAACUAAACAAAUAGCCGAAAAUGAAGAAUCAUGGAAAGUGUAUCAAAUGUGGUGCAUGCUACCCGAAGGUGUAAAAGAAAGUUGGAUAGAAGCUGGCAAAAUUAUUAAUACUUGUGAUGAGUUAGCUAAAAGUAUUCCUGAUAAGAUUAUUAAAAUUGAACCAAGUACAUCAAACGGCAAUUUAGAUGAACCGCCACCGAGUAUGAAACCUAGUGGGGAAUUUCCUUCAGGCCAAGAGUUUGUAGUUGAAAGAGUUGUUGCACGCCGUUUUAAUCAGAAAAAAAAACAAUUUGAAUAUUUAUUGAAAUGGGAAGGUUAUCCUCCUGAACAGAAUACUUGGGAGCCAGCAGAUAAUAUGAGCGCUUGUACCCAUCUUAUAAAACAAUACGAGGAUACAUUAUUAAAAAAUGGUUCUAUUUCUAACUCUGGAAAGAGGGCUGGACCUGGACGCCCACGAAAGAUUGAACAGAUCCAAAAUAUGGGGGUUGUUAAACCUAAAGUAUCAUCACAAGCACAAGUUGAACAAGUUGGAAUAGCAGGGAGACCAGUUCGUAGCAGUAAACAAAAAGCCUUAGAUCAAGUUAAAUAUUGGUGUGGUACAAUGAAAGCGACUGAAGAAGUUGUUGAAAGUAAACCUACUCAACCAAACAUUCUAAAACGGGAUUACCUUAUGUUGGAAGAUGAAGAAGAGGACGAAGACACUCCAGUGUUGAAGAAAAAAUAUUUUCAUCCAGAUUCUGAAGAUGAAGACUGGGAUGAUCCAUCAUUGCAUAAAUCUAAUGCAUCAAUUAGUGAAAAUGAAGAACCCAAUUCAAAUUUAGGAAAAAUUACUAUAAGAAGUCAACUAACAAUGGAAGAACGCAUAAAGUAUAAUGUUUCAAGAAGUAUCACAAGAACAUCAGUAUUUCCUGUAGUAAAACGAGAAGAACGGAUUAAAAAAAUUAAAACACAUCUAUCGCAUUUUAACAACUAUCACAGAAAUUCUGAUAUUGGUUUCUUACAAAUUUCACCACAUUUAACUCAAGUAACUGUAGCUUCAUCAAAAGGUUUAGUGAAAUUAGAAACUAAUCAAGUUCCACUAUCAGGCAUAUAUUUAUAUUCUAACAAUGAAGGAUAUACUAGAUUAAAUGUUAGUGAUAAGACUCAAAGUAUGAUGUUCAUGAUGAAGAAUAGAGAUGAUCCAAGAAAAGGCAAAGUGGUUUAUGCUGAUGGAGCUCAAGCUCUGCAACCUCCAAAAAAAACUCUUGAUCUAUCCAAAGCUAGAGAAGCUGUACACCAGUCAUCUCCUUUAAUGAAAUCCUAUGCUAAGAAACCAUUUGUUCCACCCACAAAAAUCCAAGCUGCUGUAAAACCUAGACCAUUUUUACAUAAAGUUGCUGCUGCUAAUCCAGAAUUUGAAAAAUCGUUACUUCAGAAACACCAAGGUUCUCCAGGGAUGAAAACUCAUAAUAAUAAAAUGACUUUUGUUCCGCAUAUGAUAAGGCCUAAUCCUAAUAACAGAGUAGUCCAACAAGGUGCUUACGCUUAUAACGCCCUAGAGCAGUUAGAAUUUUGGGAAGACACGGCAUCCGACACUGAUGACGGCGGCCUGUCGGACCAUUUCCCAUCAGAAGAUGUUUCAAUUCCACCUAAUAGUCCAAAUAGACCAUUAACACUUUGUCCUACAACUGGAAAAAGAUUAAUGAAAGCUGAAGGUGAAAAAACUCCAGAGCCUACUCCACCGUCAAGCCCUAAAACAAUGAUAACUAUUGAUGAAUCAUUAAUGGGUAGACAACAUGACAAUUCUUCUUUACCAACAAUAAUUAAAUUGGAACCUGGAUCUGGACAUUUAGGAAAUCAAAAUCCUAUGAUGUCUAUUGGUGAACCUGAAAAAGUGAACAUAAAUCGUACACCUCAGAUGCAACAUCAUCAAGCUAGACAAAGUUUUGUUAAUUAUAAAGACAUUCCAACUGCUUCAAACUCUGGUUUACGUAUGAAAAAAACUAAUUCAAGACCCAAUAAUAACAGUAAUAAAUCACUGCACGUAAGCUCUGGAAUUACAAAAUCCCAUAGUUCUCUAAACGUUCCAGCUCGAAAAAUUCAACAAAAACAGCAACAACAACAACAACAACAACAACAGCAGCAGCAGCAGCAACAACAACAGCAACAACAUCAUGAACAACAAAUUACUCAAGCCUUCCCAGGACAACAAGCUAUACUGACAGAUGAAUCUGGUCGUUUAUUAUUGUCUGCUGAAGAUGCCGAGAGUAUGAUUACUAUAACAGGAGAAGAUGGCAUGCUCUAUCAGGUUUCUGCCGCCCAAAUAGCUGCUAGUGGAGGUGCAGUAUUAUUAGGUGGAAAUGAAGGAGAAGGGUCACAGUGUGUAUACCUUACUGAAGAUGGUAAUAGUAUGAUACAAACCAACCAAACUCAAGAAGGAAUGUUAGCAUUAGAUGAUUUUGGCAAUACUGUUGGUCAACUAAUGCCACAUCAGCUGGACUUGGGAAAUUUGGUGACUGAUGAUGCCGGUAAUAUGUAUAUGAAAGAUAAUGAAACUGGUCAAUAUGUACCUGUAUCGGCAACAGAACAAGGAGGUCAAGUUGUUAUUCAAACAAAUGAAAACUUUGUUCAAGAACCUCAAGUUAUACAAGAAGAAUCAGAUCAAUUAGUAGCACAAAUUGUUGAUGCUGGAGAACCAAAUCCUGCAGGCGGUCCUCGAAGGGUCGUGUUGCAAUUACCUGAUGGUAAUUUAAUGGUAACCGAAAUGGACGAAGAACAGUUUGCUGCUUUGGAUAUGGAUAAAUAGUAUACACUAUAAUAUGCUAUUGAUGGUAAACCUUUAAUACCAUUUUUUUUUUUUUAUUUAACCCAUAUUUAAUAACUCAAUUAUUAAUAUAUAUUGUUAUAUUUUAUUUGUAUUAACAGUAUGACAUAUUAGUUUAAGAUUUUUAAUAUCUUUUAUGUAUGACUGAUUCAAAUUGAAGAAAGCAAAAGAAAGUUUCGUUAUUGUAAACAAUACAAUAUAUUUAUCCUAGACAUAUAUUUUACCUAAUUAUAAGUAUAUUAUUCCAAUGGGAUAUUAAAAAUGUAAAAUUACAAAAUUAAGGAUAAUUAUGACAUUUAUUUUAGUUUUUUAACUUUGAUUGAAAAUCAAAGUUCUUAACUUAAUCAUUGUUAAAACUAUUUUAACAUAUGAAAAUUUUGUUCUUUUUUAAUUAUUUUGGAAAUAUGUUUAGUGAAUUAGUUUUUUUAUUUAAUCACUUGUUUAAAUAAAAAAAAUAAACACUUGUAGAUUUUAUGUAAAUAACUAUGGUUUUGGUUGUUACUAAAGUCAAAGCCAUUAUUAUUUAAAAAAUACAUUAAUUUUAACAAAUGGAAUCAGUUAUGUAAUAUUUUCAUGUAUAUAGACUAGAUUUUAUUUUUAAAAUAUAUUUAUUUUAAUUUUAUACUAAAUAUUUUAAAAUAAAAUCUGAACUAAGUUCUUUUUUAUACAUGUACAUAGUUGGAAAUAAAAAAAUAUUAUACUUGA